CCUAAUCAUCUCUCUUUCUUCUGUGAUAAAGCUGAGCCGUUAGCCGUUACUUUCUCUCUCCUCCAAAACGCUGCCGUUUCAGCUAUGGCUUUCAGCUCAGCUGCUACGUCGUCUCUGAGACUAUCGUCUUUGUCCUUCUGCGGGAAGAAGACGAACCGAAACCCUAGAAAUCCACCUCGAUCACUCCCCUUCAAUAUCACCUGUUCUUCUUCCUUGAACGAAUCUCCCAAGCCCUCUCCUUCUCCUUCUCCUUCUUCGCCGCUUCGUGUCUCGUCGAGAUCUGCCCCAAAAGCGCGCUUCAUCGCUCGCCGGAAAGAGGCCGUCUCCGUUCGCCAGCUUCAGCGACCUCUAAUCGAGUAUAUGAGCUUGCCGGCGAGUCAAUACUCAGUGCUUGACGCGGAGAGGAUUGAGAGAGUUGAUGAAAAUACGUUUAGAUGCUAUGUUUAUACAUUCAAGUUCUUCAGCUUUGAAGUUUGCCCUGUUUUGCUCGUCAGAGUUGAAGAGCAGACCAAUGGCUGUUGCAUCAAGCUUUUGUCUUGCAAGCUCGAGGGAUCUCCCAUCGUGGUUGCACAAAAUGACAAGUUCGAUGCUUCUAUGGUGAACCGGGUAUCAUGUGAUGUCACUGGAAAUAACUCAUCGGUUCAACAAAUCACUUCAGAUGCAGUCAUCGAGGUCAGCAUUGAAAUUCCAUUUGCAUUUAGAGUGAUCCCAGUGGGAGCGAUAGAAUCAACAGGGACCCAAGUUCUUGAUCAAAUUCUUAAACUCAUGCUACCCCGCUUUUUGGCUCAGCUUGUGAAAGACUAUCAAGCAUGGGCUUCUGGAGAUAUUUCAAGGCAACCUCUGGGAACCGGUGAGAUUUGAUAUCAAGCGACUUGAUAAAACCUCCCAUGGAGGUUUGCAAGGUCUCGUUCUUCUUGUGUAUGUUUUUUUCUUCGGCUUUAGGGUUACAGAUCUAUCUACUAUCCCUAGUUCCAGGUUGACGUUCUGUUGUAGUUCUAUCCAUAUUCCGAACCGAAAUGUCUUCUUGGACCGACACCCGAACAUAUUUGUACAUUUCAGUGGAAUAAAAUUUUCUCACUAUCUUCAUAAA